AGUGUUUGUGGAGUAAUUUCAUUCAGAAAAAUGCGGCAUCGAGAUGAUGGCACGCCCACUGCGGUCCACCGCCAUUGUGCUCGUUUCUGGUCACCGAGCAGGUGUGAAAGAGGCUUCCCCGGCUUGAUGGCAAGCGUGGGUGCAGCAUCACCAAUGAGCGGAGCUUCCGCGUGAAAGGGAAUCGCGACCAUAUAAGGACACUUCCUGCCUGUGACGUCGUCGGCGCCUUUCUCUCCCAAAUCACCUUCGCUUACGUUUGCAAAUCAGCACCUUGUGAUUUGCUUUACACUUGGGAUGUGAUAGAGCUGCGGGGUGUUAUGACACCGGAAUCAAACACCUGAGUGUGCAAGUGUGAGAUGCGGAUGAGUCAAAGUGUUAACAAGUAACAACCACCCACCAAACCACCUGGAAGCACAUGGCCGCAACAUUUGAAAAUUCAUAGCUUCUACGGUCAAGAAAUGUCCAUGAUCGUAUCAGCACUAUCAAUCUCUAGUUAGCAAUUUGAUCAGUGAUCUAUUUCCGCUCCAUCUAUUCUAAAGUGUACAUUUUUUGUAUUUGCACAUGUGGUGUUCAGGUGACCUGAGGUGGGUCUUGUUAUGGUUGCCUAGCGACCAAAGUUUGGAUCACAUUACACAGACACACACACACACUUUUAGUUCUCUUGCUGCCAUUGUCACAUCGCUCCUCAGGACUCAGCCUUCUGGCGGAAUUAUUUAUUGUUUGUAUUCUUAUUUAUUUUGGGGGGGUCAUUAUAGUUUGGUCCAGAAUGCAGAAUCUAUCUGUGAAGAUGUUCUUCUGCGCGUUGCUGCUGGCGGCGGCGGCUUCCUAUGUGCACUCCCAAGCGGAUUGCAGUCAAGCUCAGUCAUGUGACCUCUGCGUUGGUGACUCCAUGCUCAACCUAACUGGCUGCGUCUGGAAGCUGUGUCCUGAUGGUAACGACACCGGGGUGUGCGUGACGGACCAGGGCAACGUGGCCGACAGCUCCAGAAACUGCAGCUGGACCCGCGUGUCGGAGCUCUGCACCGUGGUGGAGACGGUGGCCGAAGGAGGCGGUGACUCAGACGCGGGUGGCAAAGCGCGGCCGCAGCUUUCCCCGGCCAGAUUCAACUUGUCCAGCUUCAUCGGCGGCGUGGUGCUGGUCCUCUGCUUGCAGGCCGGUGGCGUGCUCGCCAUGCGCUUCCUCAAGUCCAAGGAGCAGAGCGACUACGACCCCAUAGAGCAACCUCAGUGAGGUGACCGAGCGGCGACGAAGGACGUCGAAAGGAUGGAGUGACUCACAGGAUGGUGACGACAAGACACCGCAUUUUUACGAUUGGUCGCCGUGAUCCCCCUCCCCUUCUACCCCUUCAAGUAGGGCUGGAAGCACAUCACUUCCCUUCUACUCUUUUCAUUUGUGUGUAUUUUGCGUUGAAUUGUGUUUAGUGCAUUUUCACACUUUGAUUGCCAGUUGAUCUCUUCAUUCUUAAUGAAUGUCCAGUGUGGAUCAGGGUGGAAUUCACCCCGAUCGAGGCCUCCGAGCAGGCACUUUCCGGAACCCCUCACUCACUCCCAAUUUGGCCCAGAACCAAAAAGGCUUGAAUGGACCCUUACAAACCUCAGUGACCAUGGCCAGCAUCCAAUUUUGUUGACAAAAGAAGGGGCCGGGGUGAGUCGUUCUCAUUCUGAGCAUUCCUUGGACAAAUGUUGCCUUCGACUAAACAAAGUAGCCCAUUAAAACAUUUCAAUAAUAACUUUAAUUCUACUGUAAGUGAGUAUUUCCAUGCAUGAAUUGCACCACACUGCUCCUAAGUGGCCGAGGUGUGCACAGCAGAAAAUCAAGUCUUUUUCUUUUUUCUUUUUUUUUCUGGUUGUUCUUUGAAGUUUUGUUUAAAGUUGAGCUUUGGAAGUUGUUGUUCAUGUUUAUCUAACCUGAUUUCAAUAUAAAUCCCAAAAUAAUUGUGA